UAAUUCUUAAAUUUCUAAUAAGGGAAAUAAUCCAAUCAAUUUUCAUAACAACAGGAAAACGAAGUGAGUUAUUCCCCUUUAAACUUUUCAGUAAAAACCAAAAGAGGAAGUAAAAAUUGUAAAAUUUCCCCAUUUCUUGUCAAACAGAAAGUCAAUACCAUUUUUGGAUUAUCUUCAAAACUUUAUGUCAAAUUCAAAAAUGUUUCAAGAACAUGACUACAGAGAAAGCGUAUCAUUGGCGUUGUCAGAGGUUUUAGAUGACAUUGGUGUCAAUGAAAGAAUGGUGAUGAAAAGGAGAAGACAUUUAAUGCUGCUAGAGACUAUGGGUAAUAUCACUUUCAGGUUAACUGAUAAAAAUUUAACUGAAUAUCGUCUAGGGAGCCGGAGUGAAGGUACAACUACUUUAGGACUGAAAUCAGACUUUGAUAUACUAGUCUGUGGUAAUGAUGUCAAUAUAAUACAAGACUUGUCAGAGUGGGAACAUGGCAAGUUAAACUACCUCAUGAUACAGGAUGAGAACACUACCCCUGGUUAUUGUUUCUUACAAAGGCUCAGAAAUGAUGAACCUCUUCCUGUCACUGUUAUUCCUGAUGAAUACCAUAUGACUGAUAGAAGUGGAAGAAUAUUGUUUAAAAGCACACUAUUAAAUGGUAGGUUUCCCGGUUUUGUAGAGCAUGGUCCAUCAAUUGCUAGACAAGGACAACCUGGACUAAGUGAUGCAGACACAGUGUUUUCUUUACCCUGUAAAUCAUGGCCUCAAUCAGCAUCCGGUUGGUUAGAGAGACAAGGUAUUGGCAGAUGGCCAACACAAGACAUGAAAGGAUAUGCAGCCAGUACUGGGUGUUUUGUUGUUCCUACAGGAAGUAAAGUCGGUGAAUAUCCUGAAUUGGAAUGGAGAAUAUCUACAUCAUUGGCAGAGAGGUUUCUUAUGUCAAACCUAAAUAUAACACAAAUAAGGUGCUAUGUAUUAAUGAAAAUGAUUCUUAAAUCCUUCCUUAAUCCUCAGGGGACAAUCAACAUAUCAAGUUUUAUGUGUAAAACAGUUCUUUUACACUGUAUAGAAAACACAGAGUCAAGUAUAUGGAAAGAGAACAAUUUAUAUAUAUGCUUAACAUACUGCUUAUUAGAAUUACACAGCUGUGUACAGAGUGACUGUUGUUCACAUUUCAUUAUCCGAGAAAGCAAUUUGAUGGCAGGGCAAUUUACAGCUGAAAAAAGACAUGAACUUUUAAAAAAAAUUAGUGAUUUUAUACAGAAUGACAGAAAAAUGUUACAUAGAAUUGAUAUUGAUGAUCUUGGCCUGAGACUUCAAAUUAAACUGAACAUGGUACCACACGGAGCAUAUUAUUAUCAAUCUUCUCUUGCAAUACAUGAAUUUUAUAUGACCUCAGAAUAUUUAAUCACAGCACACAUUACAAGCGUAACUCAUAAGCAUGUUUUAGAACAUUUACACAAAAAGCAUUGUAUAGGUAAACUAAUUACUUUCAAUGUUAAUGAUAAUAGAUUAGAACAGGCUGCAUUCAAGUUUCUAUCACCUUUUCUUUAUACCACAUAUGGAUCUAUCAUGGCAUCAUUCAGCAUUGCUGAAAAUAGUCAAGUGUUACCUCUAGCAUUGGUUUGGUUAUCAGCUGGUUUAAACUCAGAUAUCUCAUCUAGCAAACUUAAAUGUGCUUCAGUGUUCUACAGUACAGGAUAUAUGGAGAAAGCUGAAGUAAUUUUAAGACACACUGAACAACAAUAUUACUCUUAUCCUGUUAUACCUUUCUGCGGCUGCUGGGAUAAACCUGCACCAGCAGUAACAGCAGAAUUCAAGAGGGUAUGUAGUGAACAAAGUGAGGACUGUAUCAAACAUUUUACAGCAUUUUGUGUCAGAUUCAUACAGAAAGAGAUCAACUGUGUUCCUCAUGAACUAAAAUAUGAAAUGUUCAGAUGUACACAAGAUGACAUGAUACACAGACAUCAGUUACACUAUUGGAUGGACUGGGCUGUAGUUGAUUCUCUACCUUUCCUAUACUUUCUACAAUAUAAGAUCUACUGUCAUCUACAAAGACAUCAAGAUCAACAACAAGCACUUAGUAAACUUAUAAGAACCAUAGUAACUGAUGAAAACCUUGGACAUAGAGAAACAGCCCUCAACAUCUUAGGACAAUGUAUGGAACAAGAAAACAAACCUCAACAGGCAUUAAAUUAUUACCUGCUUUCUCUUCAACUAAAGCCAAGAAACAAUGUAGCAAUCAUUCAUAUAUGUAAACUCCUUUCUGGCUUAUUGGCUAGCCAAUAAUGAGGGGUCAAAAAACAGAUGACAGUUUUACAACUGAAGUUUUCAAUGAUUAUAUACUAAGUAGAUUGUGUGUAUCAGACUGACUCAGAUGUUAAAAUAUAUGCCUUUCGUCAUUCUUUCUGUAACUUGUUAGUUUCAAAUAACAUAAUCAAAGUGGAUGUAACAAUAUUUAACUUCUCACUAAACAUUGAAAGUCUUUCAGUUAUCAUAUAAUCAUCAAAGUCACCGAUGUUGUAAAAAUUGUUAAAUCAAGUGGCGGCCGUUUACUUUGUAACAUAAUAUUAGAUAUUUCCAAAUUUAAAUCUGGGCAAGUUUAUUCCACUAAAUUAUUCUGGUUCUAGAAUUCAUUUUAAUGCGCAAUAUUUAUCUUUUGUAAUCUUUUCUGUAU